UCUCUAGGACGUCACAUCCUGUCUCCUCCAACAUGCACCUUCUCCAGCUCCUGUUCAGAGCCGGCCCUGCCAUUCUGCUCCUGGUUCUCUGUCUGCAGUUCAGGACCAACAAAGCUGAGGAAGACACCCGAAAAGUGUUAUCAAUGGAAGUGCAGAUGCCCAGAAAAACAGCACCAAAUGAAGAAAUCUCUGUGACAGUUAAAGUUCAAACAGAAUUAAGAGAAUGUAUGGUGAUCCAAUGUUCCCUCCUAAGUCGCAAUCCAAUGGAAGGGCCUUUUAACUAUGUUUACACUGCCUGUCUCUGUGACAGUAAUCCAAGAACUUUCUACUGGGACUUUGAAGUCAAUAAAACUAUGUCAAUAAUAGCAUUGGCCCACAUUAUUGAUAAAGAAGAUAUCUGCCCUUACAAAGCAGUGGUGCCCAAUGGACCAAAAUAUUUUUAUACUGUGAAGAACAUAACAGUAUCUUGAUCCUGUUGGAAGCUUUGGUCUAACUGCCCCCCAGGGUGGUUCUACAAAGAAAACUUGGCUGGAGUAUCUGUUGUGGUCUGUGAAAUAAACUUCUCACAAACUUC